AUGCAUUUCUCUACGAUAGCCACCGCUCUCCUCCUGCCUCUUCUGGCGGUCGCAGAAGGCGAGAGCACCACCACCUGCACCUCGACGCAGUAUCUCACCAAGACCAUCACCCUCGCGCGCGUGCACACCACCACCAUGACUUACAGCAACGCCACCGCGAGCUACCUGCCAACGGCGGCCACUGUCUCGAGUACCCUCCCUUCCACCACGGCAGAGCCGUCGGUCAGCCCCACCAUCAACGCCGGCGCCGCGCUUGAUGUCGCGCAUGUUGCCUUUGCCGCAGUCGCCGGGAUGGUCGUUGUUGCGCUGAUGUAG